AUGUCCGACAUUGCUGCGUGCUUCUCGACCGCGGACUUGGAUGACGAUGACAGCAACAGCCCGGCCACAGUCGAACAAUACGCCGUCAAACUUUCGUCCACCCUCCAAAAUCUCGAGAUCUGGCACGAUCAGCUACCCUCAUUGUUGCGACUGAAUCAAGGAGGGAACGGCUCUGGUAAUGCUGAGAUGCUUGACUUUGACCGCGAGCUGUCCCUACCUAUCUGGCUUCGGAGGCAAAGGGUGCUCUUGGAGCUACACUAUCACAACGCGUAUAUCCUCAUCCAGCGUCUUUUUAUCCAUAUUCCCUACAAUCACUCCAGCGAUAUUCCUAGCGGUAUGACCAGCUCCCCUGACUCCCGGCAGACGGAAUUGCACAUUACCAGUGCUCUCUACUAUGCAGCCAUGGUCAUUAAGAUGCUAUUCGCCGUGUGCUCUGCGUCUGAAACCCUGGAGGGGGGUCAGAGGCCUUGCAGCCUCUCUGGAACGCAACACUGA